AGCAAUUCGAGUAACAUAAUUCAAUAACGAAUUUGUUAACCCUUAACCUAAGAGAUGACAAAAGAUGAGAGUUAAGAAGUUUUUUGUUCCAAUAUGAAAAGAUGACAUUACUCAGUAAUAUUUAAAAAAUAAAAGAAAACUAAGUUCCUAAGUAUCUGGAAAGGAAAAAUCCUUAAUUUAAAUACCAGAGGUUAUAGAGAAAAAUAUUCAAAAUUAAUAAAUGCUUUAACUCAAUGUUAUCAUCUAAAAAACUUAGUAGGAUUUUAUGACAAUAAAUAAUUGAAAAAUAGGAGCUACAAAAAUAAUUUAGAGAACAAUAAGAAAAAUCCAAGACUAUGCAAUAAAGAAUAUAGAUCUAGGACGAAUGUUUCAAAUAUUAAGAAGGGGAAAGACUAUUCAGAUCCUAUUUUUUAGUCUCAUUUUGUUCAGUCUAAUAACCCAUCAUUUUAAAACUUUACCUAAUA